AUUACUUUUCUUCUUUGUUAAUAACGAUAACACACUAAUGACGUAAACAAGAAUCUUUUCAACAGCGUCCAUAGUUCGCUUCGAAAUCAAAACACAAUGUAAUCAAAAGCCUUAUCAAUAAAUACGGAUCCUCCUUCUUCAAAACCAUCAAUUUAAUCGUUCGGCCUGAUAACUGAUUCUAGUUCAUGAAUUAAUCAGUUUAGUUUGUGUAAUGCCAUCUGAAAGGCAACAUCAUGAUCAGUAGAAAAGUUUUUGCCGUCAGCCCCCGGUUCUUGAACCAGGGCUUCAACGGGGUAGGGUUCUACAAGAUUCCUGGACAAUUGGCCGCGCUGAGACCUGUAACUUUGAGGGUUUGCAGACAAGCCAGUACCACUUCGAGAUUAUGGACACCGACGAUAAAGCAAGCCAAUUUUGCAUCAAAAGGGCUACACGAAAGACGAGAAAAUGCUUUCACAGACCGAAGCCAACUGAAAUACGCCCGAAGGCUUGUUAUUAAGUUAGGAAGUGCUGUGAUAACCAGAGAGGAUGAACAUGGUUUGGCUUUGGGACGUUUAGCUUCUAUAGUAGAACAGGUUGCCGAGUGUCAAAAUGAAGGUAGAGAAUGUAUAAUGAUCACUAGUGGCGCUGUAGCUUUUGGUAAACAAAAACUCACCCAAGAACUGCUCAUGUCGCUAUCGAUGAGAGAAACUCUAUCGCCCACUGACCAUACAAGAGAAGCUGCUCCAACACUAUUGGAGCCUAGAGCUGCAGCCGCUGUAGGCCAAUCGGGCCUUAUGUCCCUUUAUGAUGCUAUGUUCUCUCAAUACGGAGUCAAGAUUGCACAAGUGCUUGUAACUAAAGCUGAUUUUUACAAUGAGGAUACUAGGAAAACGCUUAUUAGUACUUUGUCUGAAUUAAUCAGUUUGAAUAUUGUACCUAUUAUUAAUACUAAUGAUGCAGUUUCGCCACCACCACAAGUUGACGAACCAAUCUUUGAUCGACCUGGUAAAAAAGGCAUUUCUUUACAUGACAAUGACUCUUUAGCAGCUAUGUUAGCAUCAGAAGUACAAUCUGACCUACUUAUUCUGAUGUCCGAUGUUGAUGGUAUUUACAAUAAACCCCCAUGGGAACCUGGUGCGAGAUUCUUGCACACUUUCUCAUCAGAGCAAAGACAAACUAUCGAAUUUGGCAAAAAGAGUAAAGUAGGUACUGGCGGUAUGGACUCUAAAGUGAAUAGCGCCAUAUGGGCCUUGGACCGAGGCGUGUCUGUCGUUAUCUGUAACGGUACUGCCAAAGAAGCCAUAAAGACUAUUUUAUCUGGCAGGAAAUUGGGCACCUUCUUCACUGAUUCUGCUAAUGUUGGAACAUUGCCUACAGAUGUCGUUGCUGAAAAUGCUCGUCUUGGUGGCAGAGUUCUUCAAACUCUAACUCCAGAACAAAGAGCGUCGUGCGUUCACACUCUAGCCGACCUCUUGGUAUCCAAGCAAGCCCAAAUUUUGGAUGCCAACCAAAAAGACCUGAGUGAAGCCCAAAGCUCUGGCCUAGCCAAGCCACUUUUAUCUCGCCUGUCUUUGACACCAUCUAAAUUGAAGAACUUGGCUGUUGGACUUAAGCAAAUCGCUGAUUCUAGUCAUAAUAACGUUGGAAGAGUUUUAAGGAGAACUAGGUUGGCUGAUGGACUCGAGCUUAAGCAAAUUACUGUUCCAAUUGGUGUACUUUUAGUUAUUUUUGAAUCUAGACCUGACAGUUUACCACAAGUAGCUGCCUUGGCUAUCGCUUCCGGAAAUGGACUUCUACUUAAAGGUGGUAAAGAAGCUGCUCACAGUAACAGGGCUCUUAUGGAACUAGUUAAAGAAGCACUGAGUACUGUUGGAGCUGACAAUGCUAUUUCAUUGGUAUCAACUAGAGAAGAAAUAGGUGAUCUCUUAACUAUGGAACAACAUAUUGAUCUGAUUAUCCCAAGAGGAUCCAGUGACUUAGUGAGAAGUAUUCAAAAUCAAUCGCAACACAUUCCUGUUAUGGGACACGCAGAAGGUAUUUGUCACGUUUUCGUUGACAAAGAUGCCGAUUUGAAAAAGGCCCUUAAAAUCGUCAGAGAUUCCAAAUGCGAUUAUCCAGCCGCUUGCAACGCUAUGGAAACUCUACUUAUCCACGAGGAUCUUAUGAGCACUAGCUUUUUCUCCGAUGUCUGUGAUAUGUUGAAAAAAGAAGGAGUUAAAAUUUACUCAGGCCCAGCACUUAACCAGAUGUUAACGUUCGGGCCUCCUUUAGCUAAAAGUAUGAAGCAUGAAUAUGGUGCUUUGGAAUGUUGUAUUGAAGUAGUGAAAGGUUUGAAUCAAGCCAUUGACCACAUCCAUAGCUAUGGAAGUGGACAUACUGAUGUUAUUGUAACAGAAAAUAGUAACCGGGCCACAGAUUUCCAAAGAAAAAUUGACAGCGCCUGUGUGUUCCACAAUGCCAGCUCUAGAUUUGCUGAUGGAUUCAGAUUCGGUUUGGGUGCUGAAGUUGGUAUAAGUACUGCCAGAAUCCAUGCCAGAGGUCCUGUUGGUGUCGAGGGCUUGCUUACUACCAAAUGGGUUUUGGAUGGGGUAGACCAUGCUGCUGCUGACUUUUCCGAAGAUGGUGGUAGACAGUGGCUUCACGAGAGCUUACCAUUAAAUUAAUUUUUUAUUUAGUUGAAAAGGUAUAUGGUUGUAAAAAAACAAAAUCAUUAGGGAUCAAAUAAUUUUUUUUUAUUUGGUAGUAUCUCUUGUUUUUUAUAUUUAUUAAAUAUUUUUUAGUUAAGUUUUGAAUUUGUUUAGUUCUAAUGAAUACCUAAGUACAUAAUAUAUUAUUUUAAAUUUAA